AUGAAUUAUAACGAUGAAAAACCGCCACCAUUGUACACGGACGUAGUAGAAAAUCCCAAUUAUUAUCUUUCUAAUAGUCGAGCAGCAGCGUAUGUAGUGCCAAUAUCACGAGAAGCUGGAAAUGUCAAAUAUACAGCACCGAAUACAACAAAUUCGAAUACUAAUGAAAUACGAUUUCAACCGUCACUUGCGUUAGGUCAAACGUCAGUUGAAUGCACGUGUACGAAUUGUCAUUCGUUAGUUAAAACUCGUGUUAAACAUACGUCUGGAUUAUUGGUUUGGUUUUUAGUCUGCAUUUUAUUUUUACUUGGCUGUGUAUGUGGUUGUUGUUUGAUACCAUUCUGUAUGCCUGGCAUAAAAAAUGUUCAACACUAUUGUCCGAGGUGUAAAGUAUUACUCGGUGAAUAUCGACGUUUCUAG